GGACGCGGGACAGGAUCCCGGGAGGUGACACUUCCACAGGUGCUGCUCCGGGGACAGGGACACGCUCGGGGACAAUCCUGCUGGCACGCAGCGCCACCUGUGCCACCUGUGCCACCUGUGCCACCAUCUCCGCAGGCCCAGCCAUGUCACGCGCAUCCAGAGCCGCCCUCAGAAGGACACCCCGGGGACACCCUCUGGGGGUCAUGGCGGACAGCGGGGACACGGCCGAGGGCGUCACCGACCCCGACAUGGUGGCCUUGUUCGACGACUUCCUGGGGAAAGAGGUGACGGUGCCCUUCGGGGAGGUGACACCGGCGUCACAGCCCAAGCCCCAGCCGUACCACUACGUGCUGCGGGACACGGAGCAGCAGGGGCUGUGCCUGCGCCACGGACACCUGGUGGCCACCAGCCUGCAGGGGGCCAACGCCGCCCUGGAAGAGCCCAUCAGCGUUGUCCCCAACCGGCACCUGGAGCGCCGGCGCACUCCCCUCAUCGUGGGCAUCCGCGGUGGCACCCGCGCCCUGUCCUGUGGCACCGGCCCCGAGCCCCGGCUGAGCCUGGAGGACGUGGGGCUGCUGGACCUGUUCUCGGGGGACAAGGACAGGGCCCUGCCCUUCACCUUCUACAAGACCUUCGGGGGCUCCACGCACACCUUCGAGGCCGCCGCCUUCCCCGGGCUCUUCCUCAGCACGGCCCCGGAGGAGCCGCUGGGCCUGGCCCCGGGCGCCACGGCCUUCUACCUGCGCCGCAAGUGACACCUGGGGACAUCCCUGGGGCUGGGGACAUCCAUGGUGCCACCACCGCCUUCUGCAUCUGGGGACAUCCAUCACGGGGACAUCCAUGGUGCCACCACCG